AUGGCUGAAGUCGCUGGCCUCGUCUCCACCAUCUUUACCAUUAUAGCCUUUGCAAAGGAUGUUACGCUUGCAACGAAAUUCUACAUCGAUGCAGCCAAGGGCGACUGUCCCAAAGACAUCAAGCUCCUCGUGGUAGAGGCAGCAAGUCUGCAGUCAACAUUUGAGUCGAUCGAUUUCAUCUUCAAAAACAAUGUCCAGGCGGGCCAAAAGAUCGAAGACAGCCCCGAAAACAGGCGGAUUGCCAACCAGAUCUUCAAGCCCUGUGGAAUCUGCAAGGAAACGCUGGAGGAAUUGCAAGGCAUGAUCAAGAAGCUGAAGAUCGAUCGUGACCCCAGAGAUAGGACCACCCGCGACAAACUCAGGAACACAUGGGAGGCAGCAAAAUGGCCGUUCAAAAAAGAAUCGUUUGAUGCUGCCAUGAGCAAACUGCAUCAUUGCCGGACUUCUAUCAUCAGCGGCCUGACCACCGAGCUUACAACGACCGUGAAAGAGAUUCAAACCAAUGUCCGUGUUAUCAAGGAUGAUGUCAAAGAGGUCAAGGGGGCUGUUCACGCCAUGGACGACAAAUUGGACCGCGAGGCCAUUGCAAAGUGGCUAAGCAAAACCAAUCCCUCCGACAAUCACGACAAGGCUUCCCAGUUCCGAGAGGCUAACACCUGCCGGUGGCUACCCAACUCCAGUCAGUGGAAGGCCUGGUUGGCCGAGGAUUCCAAGUCAAGGCUCCUCUGGAUUCAUGGAGUUCCUGGCGUGGGAAAAACCGUCCUGUCAUCAUACAUUGUGGAGCAGUACAAAGGUUUUAAGCAGCCCUAUGCUUUCUACUAUUGUUCCAGCACAGAUGAGAAGGGCGAGAAGUGGGAGAGAGAUGAAACUGCCCACUGCCUUGGCUGGAUUCUUGCACGUCUCUGUCUCCAGAUCAAGUCAGUUCCUGCUUUUCUGAAGCCCCUCAAGGAUAGAGGAAUGUACCCAACCGUGGAAGAUCUUCUCAAGGGCAUGGAGGCAAUCCUGUCCUUCUUGAAUGGAAGGAGGGCAUAUGUUGUAAUCGACGCUCUGGACGAAAGCAGGACUUCAAAUCUGGUAAAGGCAGUGGCUACCCUCGCCACUGACACAAAGUACAAGAAUCUCUUUCUAGCUGUCACCAGUCGCAGGCAAGCUGAUGUUCAGAAAGCCUUGGAGAGGGUUUCUAUUCCAGUGUCUCUGGACAAGAACAAGGACGUUGACGAUGAUAUCAAAGCCUGGGUGACUGCACAACUCCAAAAGGAUGAGUUUGAGGACUGGGAAGAAGUGCCCAAACUGAAGGAAUAUGUUGCCUUCUCGCUCCCAUCCAAGGCCAGAGGAAUGUUCAGGUACGCUUCCUGGCAACUGGAGGUCUUGAAGAAUGCCAAAGAUCCCCGCGCUAAACUGAACGCCAUCCAAGACCGACCUGAAAGUCUUGAUGGCACAUGGGAGACCAUUCUUGCCAAUAUUCCAGACAAACACCGCGACAAUGUGAUCAAGGCUUUUGCCUUGAUUCUCGACUCUGGCUGGCGAUAUGGACUUGCUACCGACUUGCUCAUCGAGUCCGUGAAGCAAAGCGAUACAAGAGGGGGCAUUCCUUUUAGUCUUCGGGCUUUCACUCAAGCCUGCGGCCCACUUAUUCAGGUUAUCAGAAAGGUGUCUGCAGAUGGAAAGAUCCUGGUGGAUGAGACCGUGGGGUUUGCGCAUCACACAGUCCGUGACUACCUCAACUCCGAGAAGCUCAAGAACCACAAGACUCUCAAGAACUUUUAUCUCAACGAACCGGAUUCACGCCGAAUCCCACUCACGCUUUCGACAUAUCUCGCUGUGACCAAGACAUUCUCUGGUACCUACAAUCCUGAUAAUGUACCCGUCGACGAGAGGAUGGACGCGAAAGACUUCAAAAUCCAUGCGAUGCGGCAAGUUCGAAGCUUGCUGUAUCACCCGACCAUUACCCGCCACAUAAUUCCUGAUGACAAGCUCCGGUCUCUCACAUUCGAGGUGCUCAAUCCACAGGCAAAGUGGUUCAACGGACUGAGUAUAUGUACGCAGGAGGCCGGUGGCGACAGUGGUGUCAGGGACAUGCUGGAGUGGCUCGUCAAGUAUGAUAGUAAAGCUGGUGCCUUCGAGCAGCUGGUCGGUCGUCUUGCCCUAGUCUGUUCUCUCAAGAAUCCCAAGCUUGUCACCGAGUUUCUCAAAGCUCACCUCAAGACUCCAGAAGAGCACAGGAAGCUUUUCACCACCCCACUCAGUGUCACUCUCCCAGUGAAGUGGUCCGAGUAUAAGAAGGCAGGAAAGAUGGACCCCCAGCCAACCUUACUUUCCAAUAUCAUCGAACUGUACUUUGAGGGAGCGAGAAGGGGCUAUGUCCUGAAAGCACAGGUGCAGAUGCUCCUCACUGUAUUUGGAUCUUAUCUGCCCCCGGCAGCGACUGAUAUCUAUACCCACCUUGCCUUCCACGACCACUCCCUCUGCGCCUCAUUUGGCGGAUGCAGUAUUCAAAAGGCCCUUGCGGCAAAGGCAGGGAAGCCCGGGGAUUCGUUUUCUUUCACCCCCUUGCAGGCAGCAACGCACUCUCUCGACAUACAUGCCGUGCACGCCAUCCUUUCCCAGCCGGGCAUAGACGUUAACCAGCUCGGUGACCCAUCCGCCCCCCAACCCCCCGUCAAGCUUCCGAGGCAAUUCGCAUCCAGCGUC